CUAGCCAGCACCUCUGGCAUGAGCAUUGCGAUGUUCGCGCCAAAAGCACUGAAAAGCAUGACAGUUGACAUCUCUCUUGCUCUCACAGAUGACCUGAAAAACGUGCCUCGGUCCUAUGGUGACACCGUCCGGGACCAUGGGCCAGUGACGGGUUUUCAGAGCGGCGCAACAGUCGCUGGCAAGACCUUUGCGUGGGGCUUCAUUGAUGGCCUCAGUGACGUUGUCAAGCCGUAC